AUGGUUGAAGAGUCGACUCGACAUAAUCCACAUGAAUGGUUCCAUUAUGGUUUUAAUGAAGUGAAAAAAAAAGUUUCUGGAAUCUUUUCGUCUGAAAUAAGAUUUGGACAUCAAAAAUAUAAAUUUUCCUUUGCUAUGCUAAACAAUCAUCACAAAUCAUCUUUCGGUUCUCGUCUUUUCCUUUCGAUUAAACGAUGCGGUUUCAUACAACACCCACAGAAGGGCCAAAGAAGUCUUCCGAAAAAUAACAAAAGUAAAUUGAGCGAACAACCACAUGAAAGAACAAUUUAA